AUGGUGUUAUUGAAGACUGUCGGACUGUCCUGGCUUGCUUUAUGCAUUGCGGUGCUCGGAGUGCCGCAUGAGGGGCAGAGCUCGCAGAGUGUGCUGCAGCCAGGCGUUGCAGGAUUCGAUGCUUUGGACGGUGCGGUUCAACAGGGACAGGUAUAUGGUGUUGGUGAACGCAUCGAGAGCUAUGAGGUUACGUCGGUAUUCCGGAUACCCCGACAUCUCGAACGAAAACACCUCUUCUCCUGGUUCUUCGAAGCCAGACAUGAUCCCGAGAACGCCCCUCUCAUGCUCUGGCUGAAUGGUGGCCCAGGCGCGAGAACGAUUGCUUCGGGUUUGCUCUUCGAGCAUGGGCCCUACUCUGUGCCUGUCGAGAGCAUCACUAUGAAAGUUAAUAAGCACUCCUGGAACGAAAAGGUCAACAUCAUCUAUCUCGACCAGCCCGUCGGCACGGGUUACUCGUAUGGGUCCGCGACGACGCUGAUGCUGGCGACGCUGGCGGAAGAUGUCUACGCGUUCCUGCAGCUCUGGAUGCACCGCUUCCCGCGCUACGCCGCACGUCCAUUUCAUCUUGCGGGCGAGAGCUGGAGUGGACACUAUGUCCCACACAUCGCGCACCUCAUACACACCUCAAGAAUGAGAAGAUGGUCCGUCGCGAACGGCCUCACGGACCCCGCGGCGCAGUUCGAGACGAACGUCGAGUACAUGUGCGGCGGCGCACCGUACCCGCCGUUUCGGCCAGACGACCCACGCUGUGCGGCUUGGCGUGCAGCGACGCCAGUGUGCCUCAGCCUAGUGCGGUCAUGUUACAAGUUCCCGAGUAACGCAACGUGCGACGCGGCCACCACGCACUGCUGGACAGUCAUUCAGGGAGGACCGUUAGAAGCUGCAAAAAAGAAUCCCUACGAUCUCCGCAAGGAAUGUCCUGAGGACCAGGCAGAGUCAAUGUGCUAUCCCGAGGUCACUGCAGGCGUCGCCUACCCGAACCAGACCUCGACGAAGCUUGCGCUUGGCGUCGAUCCGGGGUUAGACUUCAAGGUUACUACCAACUACGACGUCAACCUAGCGUUUUACGCCUUAGGGCAGGCGAUGUUGAACAGCCAGGGCUGCUGCCUUCGCUCGUCAACAGCGGGGUCCGGCUGCUUGCAUGGAGUGUGCAACUAUAUGGGCAUUGAACGCUGGAUGAGUCGACUCGAGCAUGACUUCCACGCCGAGUUCGAUCGUGCGCCGACUUUAUCCUGGAAAAUGGCCACAGGUGAGCAUGCCGGAAACGUACGCGUCGCGGGACCAGGUGCGGGAAACGUGACUUUUGUUAGGAUGUUCGAAGCAGGGCACCUGGCUCCGUACGACCAACCUGAGGCUUCGCUGGAUAUGACAACUCGCUGGAUCGACAACCGGCCUUUCUUCUGGUUAUGUCUCUGGUCCAGCUAUGCAAGAUGUCACAAAGCGACCCUGCUCAUCUGA